AUGGCCGAGCCCGAGCUCGACGCGACCGCCCCGACGUUACCGGUAUGCCUUCUCGACACCGACUUCGUCGAGCAAAGGUACCAAGAGGCCCUCGCGGGCGCCAUCGAGGCGUGCGCGGCCGACACGGCCGGUGAGAAGUGCUACAUAUGUUAUGCCGAGGGCGAUGAAGAAGGCCUCGUGCGCGGGUGCUCGUGCCGCGGGGAUUCUGGCAUCGCGCACGUUUCGUGCUUGGUGCGGGGGGCGCACGCCGCGGUCGAGCGCCACGGCGCGAAAAAUUUUAACAUGUGGCACAAGUGUGGCCUGUGCGAGCAAGACUACCACGGCAUCGUGGCGUGCGCGCUCGGGUGGGCGUGCUGGAGGACGUGCAUGGGGCGGCCGGAGAAGGAUCUAUUUCGCCUCUCCGCGAUUACAGUGCUUUAUGAUGGUUUAUGCAAAGCAGAUAAUUACGAGGACGCGGUGUCCGUACAAGAGGCCGAGUUGUGUAUGCUGCGACGCCUCGGGUAUUCUGAAUCCCAUGAGAUCAUGCUCGCUGCGAAGACCAAUCUUUCGGGUACGUAUACUUGUCUGGGACUGGCUGAACAGGCCGUACAGAUCGAAGAAGAUAUAUACUCCGGGCGUUUGAAGCUCAAUGGCGAGGAACAUGAACACACCCUCACGGCAGCCAACAACUACGCGAUCGCCCUCGUGAACCUCGAGCGCUUCGCAGAAGCCAGGUCACUGAUGUGCAAAACGAUUCCUGUGGCGCGGCGCGUUUUCGGGGCGUCACAUUAUUAUACGCUCAGGAUGAAGUCAAUUUAUGCGGCAACACUCUACAAGGACACCGGCGCCACGCUCGACGAUCUCCGCGAAAGCGUGGAGACACUCGAAAAACACACGGUACCAACCGCGCGGCACGUGAUGGGUCGCACGCACCCGGUCACACAGAAAAUUGAGGACGAUCUGCGACGCUCGCGAGCCGCCCUCCGCGCCCGCGAGGCGCAGCCGCCGCCGCAAGCUUAA